AUGUCGCCCUGGCCGAAGUGGCAUGGACCCGCCAUGGCGCGGUUCUGGGGCUUAUGUUGGCUGGUUGUGGGCUUCUGGAGGGCCUCUCUCGCCUGCCCCAUGUCCUGCAAAUGCAGUGCCUCUAGGAUUUGGUGUACGGAGCCUUCUCCUGGCAUCGUGGCAUUUCCAAGGUUGGAACCUAACAGUGUCGACCCGGAGAACAUCACUGAAAUUUUCAUCGCAAAUCAGAAAAGGUUAGAGAUCAUCAACGAAGAUGAUGUGGAAGCUUAUGUGGGGCUGAAAAACUUGACAAUUGUGGAUUCCGGAUUAAAAUUUGUGGCUUACAAAGCCUUUCUGAAAAACAGCAACCUGCAGCACGUGAAUCUCACACGAAACAAGCUGACAAGUUUGUCGAGGAAGCAUUUCCGCCACCUUGACUUGUCUGAGCUGGUCCUGGUGGGCAAUCCGUUCACGUGUUCCUGCGACAUUAUGUGGAUCAAGACUCUCCAGGAGACUAAGGGCAGCCCAGACAUGCAGGAUUUGUACUGCCUCAAUGAAAGCAGCAAGAACACCCCCCUGGCAAACCUGCAGAUACCCAAUUGUGGUCUACCGUCUGCACGUCUGGCUGCCCCUAACCUCACCGUGGAGGAAGGGAACUCUGUCACCCUUUCCUGCAGUGUGGCAGGUGACCCACUCCCCACGCUGUACUGGGAUGUUGGGAAUUUGGUUUCCAAACACAUGAAUGAGACGAGCUACACGCAGGGCUCCUUAAGGAUCACGAACAUUUCCUCUGAUGACAGCGGGAAGCAAAUCUCUUGUGUGGCAGAGAACCUGGUGGGAGAAGACCAAGAUUCCGUGAACCUCACUGUGCAUUUUGCACCAACCAUCACAUUCCUCGAGUCUCCAACCUCAGACCACCACUGGUGCAUCCCGUUCACUGUGAGAGGCAACCCCAAGCCCACGCUCCAGUGGUUCUAUAACGGGGCAAUACUGAACGAAUCCAAGUACAUCUGCACUAAAAUCCAUGUGACCAACCACACGGAGUACCACGGCUGCCUCCAACUCGACAAUCCCACUCAUAUGAAUAACGGAGACUACACUCUGAUGGCCAAGAACGAGUAUGGGAAGGACGAGAGACAGAUUUCCGCUCACUUCAUGGGCCGACCUGGAAUUGAUUACGAGACAAACCCGAACUACCCUGAAGACCUCUACGAAGACUGGACUGUAGCAACUGAUAUCGGGGAUACCACAAACAAAAGCAAUGAGAUCCCUUCCACGGAUGUUGCCGACCAAAACAAUCGGGAGCAUCUCUCGGUCUAUGCCGUGGUGGUGAUUGCGUCUGUGGUGGGAUUCUGUCUGCUGGUGAUGCUGCUUCUGCUCAAGCUGGCAAGGCAUUCCAAGUUUGGCAUGAAAGAUGUCCCAUGGUUUGAAAUUGGGGAAGUCGAGACAAGGUGUGGAGUUGGUCCAGCCUCUGUCAUCAGCAACGAUGAUGACUCAGCCAGCCCGCUCCACCACAUCUCCAAUGGGAGUAAUACUCCAUCUUCUUCAGAGGGCGGUCCUGAUGCUGUCAUUAUUGGAAUGACCAAGAUUCCUGUCAUUGAAAACCCUCAGUACUUUGGCAUCACCAACAGCCAGCUCAAGCCAGACACAUUUGUUCAGCACAUCAAGAGACAUAACAUCGUUCUGAAGAGGGAGCUCGGGGAAGGAGCCUUUGGAAAAGUUUUCCUGGCAGAAUGCUAUAACCUCUGUCCCGAGCAGGAUAAGAUCCUGGUAGCCGUAAAGACGCUGAAGGACGCCAGCGACAACGCCCGCAAGGACUUUCACCGUGAAGCUGAGCUGCUGACCAACCUCCAGCAUGAGCACAUUGUCAAGUUCUACGGCGUCUGCGUGGAGGGCGACCCACUCAUCAUGGUCUUUGAGUACAUGAAACACGGAGACCUCAACAAGUUCCUUAGGGCACACGGGCCGGACGCGGUGCUGAUGGCGGAGGGCAAUCCGCCCACUGAGCUGACGCAGUCUCAGAUGCUUCACAUCGCUCAGCAAAUUGCAGCCGGCAUGGUCUACCUGGCGUCCCAACACUUUGUCCAUCGUGACCUGGCCACUCGGAACUGCCUGGUGGGGGAGAACCUGCUGGUGAAAAUUGGGGACUUCGGCAUGUCCCGGGACGUGUACAGCACCGACUACUAUAGGGUCGGUGGCCACACGAUGCUGCCUAUCCGCUGGAUGCCCCCGGAGAGCAUCAUGUACAGGAAAUUUACCACCGAGAGCGACGUCUGGAGCCUGGGAGUCGUGUUGUGGGAGAUCUUCACCUACGGCAAGCAGCCCUGGUAUCAGCUAUCAAACAACGAGGUCAUAGAAUGCAUCACCCAGGGCCGAGUCCUGCAGCGGCCUCGCACGUGCCCGCAGGAGGUGUACGAGCUGAUGCUGGGAUGCUGGCAGCGAGAGCCACACAUGAGAAAGAGCAUCAAGGGCAUCCACACCCUCCUCCAGAACUUGGCCAAGGCAUCUCCUGUCUACCUGGAUAUCCUAGGCUAG